CCACGAAGAUCAUAUUAAUCGCUACUUAAAAGCUAAUUUUCUACACUAAUGUUAUAAAUCUAAUUACUAUUUUUCAUUUAAAAGUGAAUUCCAAGGUAGUCUAUAAUGUAAUUUGCAAAAUUUCCCUAAAACUAAACAUUUAUCUUGAACUUAGAACCUAUAUGUACAAACUUAACCUACAGUACGGAGGAGUCGAGCAAUCUUAAGGCUUGAUUGGUUCAUCCUACGAGGACAGAACAGUAAGACAGUGCGCAGGAAGUUAGUGCCGGAACCAAGACUAAAAGACACAUAUAUGCACUAAACGAAUUGAAAACGGUCCUAAACUUUGGACGAAUAAAGGCCGCUACGAAUUCGGAAACCAUACAUGGUCUUUUAUUGUUACCGCGAUACGCUAGUAACAAAUUUUUCAAUUCGUUUAUCGAAGAACGAUGUCGGACUCGGCCAAUGCUGCUGCCACUACUGGCAAUCAAGGUAAGAGCUUAGCUAAUCAGUCUAAUGACGCGUAUGUAGACCCCCCUCACGAAUCCCAAACGUUGAACCCAAAUAAAGAUACCCUUCUCAAACCCGGUGGGGACAAAAAGGCACCCUCUGUCAAAAGUAGGUCGUCGAAAAGUCGGGAACACAAUAUCCCUUCCCCGCGGGACAAACAGUCUGAAACGAUCGGUCACAGUUGUCAAACGUGUCGUUCCGCGGAUCACAGCCGGAUGGUGCAGUGCGAUGAUUGUGAUGGUUGGCACCAUUACAAUUGCGUGGGCGUCGAUGAUCGUAUCGCGAAAAAACAGUGGCGGUGUGUGAAGUGUGAUGAUAAUCGGAAAGUUCGUCGCAGUUCCAAAACUACGAGGACGGAAGCGCCAAAAAAGAAGGCUACAGGCAAAGCGAAGAAGGAAUCCGGGACGAAGCAACCAGAUCUACAGGAACAACGGAAGCACCUGGGGGAUCAGCCGGCAAAGUGUAUAAAGGCAGCAUCGGUGAAAUCGGGAACUUCGCGGAAGUCGUCCAGAGCACAGCUGGAACUGCAACUGCAAAAACUAGAUGCUGAGCGAACCCUGCUGGAAGAUAAGAAGAAGUUAAUAGAGCAGCAGUACAGUGUACUCCAAGAACUCGCCGAACUCGAUGAGCAGGUCGAAGGCGCAGAAGACGGUGAUGAAGUAGAUGGGGCUUCCAAAGUGGAGGAUUGGCUGCGUGACGGAGUUAACUCGGACACGGAUGACGAGAGCACGGACUCAAGCGAAGGUGCAGACGAGGACAUCGGAAGUUCAUCGGAGGAAAACAUCGAUGACGAUCCUCAAGAAAACGGAUCGAAAUUCAAUCCGAUUCGGCGCUCUACACCAAGGAUGGACCCUAGGAGCAUGCAGAAAAGUGUUACACGCAGCAACCAGUUAAACUGUAGCCUGAACCGUAACCAACUCGCAGCUCGUCAAGUUGUUGCGAAGGAUCUGCCACCUUUCACAGGGAACCCCGAGGAGUGGCCGAUAUUUUUCUCCACCUACGAAAGCACGACUCGGAUGUGUGGCUACACCAACGACGAAAACAUGAUUCGGCUGAGAAACUGCUUGAGAGGAGACGCCUUCGUCGCAGUGAAGAGCUUUUUGCUUCAUCCGUCAACUGUGGAUAGAGCGAUAAGUGCCCUAAAACUGCGUUUUGGGCAACCGCGUUUCGUGAUUCAUUCGCUGAGGGACAAGAUAAUUGCCAUGCCGCCGCUGAAGCCAGAUUCAAUCAACAGAAUGAUCGACUUUGCGCUGGCAGUUCAGAAUCUCGAAGCAACGAUCGAUGCGUGCGGACAGAGGGACUUGAUGCGAGAUACGUCGUUACUGGGCGAGCUGAUUGGAAAGCUCCCUGCUUCGAUGAAGCUGGAAUGGGCAAGGCAUACCCGCAGCCUUCGGAAGGUCAACCUGGCGGCCUUCAGCAAAUGGAUGUACGAUAUGGCAGAAGACGCUUGCCUAGUUGCAGAGCCGCGCAGGAAUCAAGAAGUACAGCAAAGUCAGGAACCGCGCAAAAAAUCAAAGGCAUUCCUGAACACGCACACCGAUCAGCCAAGCUGGAAGAAGGAGGAUCACCAGGCAUCAUCAACAAGUAUGUCCAGAUCUACAGGGACACAUAAGAAGGUCUACUCUCAGGCCUGCACCGUCUGCAAAGGAACUUGCGCCACUCUCGCUAAAUGUGGAAGGUUCCUAGGGCUGUCUUAUGACGGACGGUGGUCUACAAUUCGUGAAGCUAGAAUCUGCAGGAAGUGUCUGAAGCAACACAAAGGAGGCUGUGAAUCGAAGCAAUGUGGCGUGAGCGGAUGCACCUACAAGCACCAUCCCUUGUUGCAUAAGGAGCUGAAUGCAGAAACGGCGGCGGUAGUGAAACCACAACGUGAAGAGCAGUCCUGUAACACACAUCAGUCGGGGGCAAGUCCCAUCCUUUUCCGUUAUGUUCCAGUCAUAGUGUACGGCUGUGGAAUUGUUGUACACUGUUACGCCCUUCUGGAUGACGGAUCCUCGAAAACGCUCAUGGACGAAGAGUUGGCCAAGGAACUGAACCUUUCCGGAGAACGCCAUCCACUUUGUCUAAAAUGGACUGGUGGUUUGCAUAGAUCGGAAGACGAGUCACGCAGCGUUCAAAUUGACAUCUCCGGACUGAAGGGAAAUCGCUUCCGUUUUGAGGACGUUCGUACCGUUACAGAGUUGCAGCUACCCAGUCAAACACUUGAUGUUCAUCAGCUACAGUCUGAAUACUACUACCUGAAGGGUGUUCCCGUAGAAUCCUAUCGUGAUGUCCGGCCGAGACUCCUGAUCGGAGUUCAACAUGCGCACGCAACGCUGGUGAGGAAGAGUCGCGAAGGAAGACCCGGUCAACCGAUCGCUAUUAAAACAAACCUUGGCUGGACGAUAUAG